AUGGAGAACGGAGAUCGAAUGUUCUGCCAUCAUUGUGGCGGGGUCUGGCUCCGGCGUUCUGAGGAUGACCUGCAGUGCCAGCAUUGCAAUUCAGACUUUACUGAGAUAAUCGAAAUCCCUCCAGACACCGAAGAACCACCCCGCCAUGCUACCCCACCACCAGCCUCACCACGUCGAGAAAGAACAUUUCCUCCGGUUAACCCCUUUGCGAAUCAUAACCCAUGGACGCACGACGACGAAGACGACUACGACACUCAUGGCUUUGGGUCGAGUCCCGGGUUUGCCCACCGCGCCUACAGAUCGCCAGAUGGCCGAUUCGCCUUUUCGAGCACGACAUUUAACGGAAGCGGAGGCUUUAGUAGCGGUGGUGGCUUUGGUGGUCCCCCGCGCUCAGCUGGAUAUGGGACGGAUGAAUUCGGUGACCCCUUGAUGCCUAUGGUGCGCCGGUUGGAUACCAUCUUCCACGGACUCGCGGAUACCUAUCGCCAGCAGGGACAAGGCCAGGGCCAGAGUCUAGAUCGGGAGUCAUCGAGACAGGCAGGAGCUACGUCUGCGCUACCUCAGCAUGAUGAUUUCUCGGAUCCUGAAGAGCGGGCACCUGGUGAGCCAGAUGAUUUUGGUCCUCCGAGGUUGUUCCCGAGGAAUGCAGAUGGUCCGCAGCCAAUGGCGCCGCCGUUGGGGACGUUGGGAGAUAUUCUCGAACUCUUUCAGCAAGACUUCGGUCAAGGAGGACAGAGGUCUGGAGGUAGAAGUGGUGUUCGUGUCAUGACAGGACCGAAUCCAUUGGCCAUGCUAUCGAGUCUGUUGAACUUUGACCGACACGGUGAUGCAGUUUACUCACAGGAAGAGCUGGACCGGGUAAUAUCGCAAUUGGUUGGACAGAAUGCGAGCAGCAAUGGGCCCCCGCCCGCCUCCCAUAACUCCAUUCAGAAUCUAUCGAAGAAGCCUGUUGACCGGGAGAUGCUGGGAAACGAUGGCAAGGCGGAGUGUUCGAUUUGUAUGGAUCCGGUAGAGUUGGGGACGGAAGUUACCGUACUCCCGUGCAAGCAUUGGUUCCACUACAACUGCAUUGAAAUGUGGUUGACCCAGCACAACACAUGUCCUCAUUGCCGACGAAGCAUUGAUGCGCCUGCGCAAGAAGGAAGUCGUGAGAACCCAGUGACGGUUGACAGCCCCGAAGCCUCGCGCCGUUCCAGCAGUGCCAUUCCCGGACAAAGCGGACGGCGCUGGUCAUCGGCUUACGACAGCGGAGGACGACGUGCGAGUGGACAGGGACAAGGACAAGGACAACCUGGUGGAGGAGGACUUGCAGAGUGGUUGAGAAGCCAUUUUGGUGGAAGUUAG